GCAGAACUUUGACCCUGUGAGAUCUCGUCACAUGUAGAUUUGCCUCUGCUGAUGAUCGUCUUUGUCCAGAGAAAUGUAGUUUGUGUCUUUUUGGCUUUGGGGAGACUCAGAAGAGUGUGAGAGGAGCAACACUGAAAGAUUCCUCACCAUGAAGUGGGUCUGGGCUGUGUUCAAAGCUCGCCCGUACAUCAGUAACGUUCUGGGAUACACAGCCCUGUUCGCCUCUGCUGACCUCGUACAGCAGAGCGUGCUGGGUGAGAAACCUGCGGCAGGAUCCACAUCAGAGGAUUUAGUAGGAGUCGACUGGCAUCAGACGGCUCGAGUGGCGACCGUCGGUUUAUGUUUCCACGCCAACUUCAACUAUCACUGGCUCAGAGGGCUGGAGAAGAUGCUGCCAGGAGGCGGAGUAAAGGCAGUAACUGGGAAGGUGGUGGUGGAUCAGCUGAUUGCGGCUCCUCUCACCAUCAGUGCCUUUUACAUUGGUUUGAGUUUACUUGAACACAAAGAUGACCCACUUGAAGACUGGAGACAGAAAUUUUGGACAUCUUACAAGACUGGGGUAGUAUUUUGGUCAACAAUGCAGGCAGUGAACUUUGCAUUCGUCCCCCCUGUGGCUCGGACGGUGUUUCUGGGUGGUGUCGCUCUGAUUUUCACAAUCUUCCUGUGUCACCUCAGACAGCAGCGACACCACGAACAGGAAAGAACCUGAGACUCUCCCCGUCGCAUCGAAGGCUUUAGUAAACUGACUAAAAACACAAUUCCAAAAAAGCAGGGACACUGUGAGUAAAACCUGAAUGCAGUGGUUUAUAUACAUCAGACACCCAUAAACCCCAGCAGCUGGUCUGUUCCCAGAUGUUUACAGGCUGCUGUUAAACAAAGACGGGGUGCUACAUUGUCAAGGGUACACAUAAGUGGUCCGCAGGUGCGCAUUCG